CGCCCACCCCUGUAUAAGGAGACCAACCUUCAUACGGGGGAAAUACACGCGAGCUGACGAGCGCUUGGCUUGGCUCAGAGAUUCUUUACGCAGCAGCAGCAGCAGCAAGCCGCGGCGGCUCGACCCAAGUCGAUGCUUCUCACGUGGUCUUAAGCCGUUCGCAUUGCUCGACAGACAAGCCCGGUGCGCCUUCUCCCCCAUCUGUUCUCGCGUCGCGGGCACAGCGCCUCGAUUUCAAGCCCCGAACCAACCCGCCGCUCCCCUCCCCACCAAGCAACUCGUUCCCAACUCCCACCGAGGCGAGCUUCUUCGCAAGGCUGACCACAGGGACGCGUCUGGGACUGCAGGACGCUUCCACGCUGACGCGGUCAGGCAUGCACAGCUCCCCCGCGCUUCUAAGCCCCGUUAAGAUGGAAGGACACGACUUGGAGUGGAGCAGUUACUACAGCGACCCGGCCGAGGGCUACCCGACCGUCGCGUCCAUGAACUCGGGGCUGGGCGGCAUGGCCGGCAUGAACUACAUGUCCAUGACGUCCAUGGGAGGCUCGGGGGCUCUGCCCUCCGUCCCGUCGUACACGGGCGGCGCUGCCCUGCACGCCGGCUCUGCGGCAAUGGGCGGCAUGGCCGGAGGGCCCGUGCCGAUGGGCGGCGGCGGCGGCGGCGGCGUCACGGCCCUCGGCGGCGGCCUGGGCGGGGUGGCCGGCGCGGCGAGCCCCGGCAUGAGCGGCCUCGGUGCUCAGGCCGGCUCCAUGCAGGCUCUGGGGGCCUACGGGCCGGGCGUGGGGGCCGCCGUGAGCCCCAUGGGCGGCUACGGGCAGGCGAACCUCGCCAACCGCGCGCGCGACUCCAAGGUCUACCGGCGCAACUACACGCACGCCAAGCCGCCGUACUCCUACAUCUCGCUCAUCACCAUGGCCAUCCAGCAGUCGACGCACAAGAUGAUGACCCUCAACGAGAUCUACUCGUGGAUCAUGGACCUCUUCCCCUUCUACCGGCAGAACCAGCAGCGCUGGCAGAACUCCAUCCGCCACUCGCUCUCCUUCAACGACUGCUUCGUCAAGGUGCCGCGCUCGCCCGACAAGCCGGGCAAGGGCUCCUUCUGGGCGCUCCACCCGGACUCGGGGAACAUGUUCGAGAACGGCUGCUACCUGCGUCGGCAGAAGCGCUUCAAGUGCGACAGGAAGCAGAAGAUGCCCCAGGACGGCAGCCGGAGUCCGACCAGCUCGCCCGUGCUCGGAGGUUCGGUCGGCGGUGGCGGUGGCAGCGCUGCGAGCGGCGGUUCGGCCCAGAGCGGCGGAGGUGCCGGACAUUUGUCCGACGAUGACAAUGUCGGAAUGUCGAGUCCGCACGGCUCCAUGGGCGAGCAGAGAUCUCCCAUGGCCGAGCUCAAGCAGCAGCAGCAACAGCAGCAGCAGCAGCAGCCGUCCCGUCUGAGCCCAAUGUCCGAUCAGCACACGCCAUCUCCCGUUCACCAGCUCCACCAGCACCACCACCAGCACCACCACCACCACCAGCAGCAGCACCAGCAGCAGCAGCAGGCGAUGAUGCAACAGGAUUCGCUGACGAGUCCCCUGUUGCCGCCGCACGUGCUCGUCGACACUCACGCACACCUCAAGGUCGAUCCCAACUACUUCAGCCACCCCUUCUCCAUCACCAGCCUCAUGUCCUCCAGUCAGCAGCAGCAGCAGAUGAUGCAGCAGCAGCAGCAGCAACAGCAGCAGCAACAACAGCAGCACAAGCUGGACUUUAAGUCGUACGAGCAGAGCAUGCCAUACUCGAGUUACGGGUCGCCCAUGAGCGGAGGUCUGGCAAUGGGAGGAAUGCAGAGCAAGGGGGUGAUGGAACCCACUGUGAUUGGCAGCGACGCGUACUACCAAGGUGUGUACUCAAGGCCGCUCAUGAAUUCCUCUUAAUUGGACGUGAAGGCAAAACGGAGGGGGGGUGGGGGGGCGAGAGAUGACGAGGGCUUUAAUUUUGUCAUGGAAUACUUGUUCAGAGCGCCCCCCUCCUCUACCCGACCCAACCACCUGGACCUCACCUCCUCCCAUCCACCCCCAGACAUCCUUUCGCCCCCCCCCCCCCCUCCUCCUCCUCUGUCUAGUUGUAGAUGGGAGAGGGGGGGGGGGAAAUGUUAAAUAUUUUCCGGAGCUCAGCCCAGGACAGCUCCAACUGUCUCGGCUGAAGUUAAGCCCUGGAGACGACAAUGCAUGUCAGAUUAAAAAAAACACACACACACACACAAAGACAGAACCAAUGUGUGAGAAUCGAUGUCAUCACAUUCCAGCUUUAAUAAGUUCAGGUGAAAUUAGCUAUAGAUAUUUAUGAGCUCCCCCCCCCCCCCCCCCCCGAAAGAUAGGUUAUACGUUCUGUUAAUAUUAAUUGUUAAAUCGUGUUUCUUUCUCUCCCGUAAAAUAACGUGUCCUUAAUUAAAUAGCGCCGUCUUGUAUAUAUAUACAUACAUAUACAGUUGUGUAGUGCUUAAUUAAUUCGCCGUAAUAUUGUUUACAGGUUAGUCUUUACAUAUUUAAGAUAUUGUUGUUGGGUUUUCUUUUGUUUGUUUUGAUAUGCGUUAAUAUAAUUUCCCCGUAGUGUGUCGAGAUUUGAUGGGUUGUAUGCUGUUACCAUGCCAACGCGUGUACAGAGUGUAUAGGUUGUUGUUGUUGUUGCUAAGAGGCAAAAUCGGAAGAGUUUGGAGUGUGUUUUUUUAAAUCAAGAGAUGUACAAAAGAUAUUUUUUGGUCGAAAGCAGACUUCCUUAAACGAAUUGUCCACAUAUCAGCUUUUACAGUCAUAGCAAUAUUUUAUCCCCAUAAAAAUACGCGAUUAUAUAUAUUAACAAAAACAUAAUAAUACUGCACUCUGAAAACAAGAUCAGGCGAAUCAAUUAAGUGAUUCGGGCAGUUUAACGGACAACUCAAAAGUCAGAUAUAAUAACGAUUAUUGUCAUUAUUGUUAUUUUUACCAAUAUAAUCGACUUAUUUGCCUAUAUCCGCUGCUGGAUGAAAGCCUCCCCCAUGCUCUAUCAGUCAUGGAGCUGCACGACCCAUACUCGUGCGAGGGUUGAGCGAAACCCCCGAGGCUCGUAGGACCAAUUCAGAGAGGAGUCGCCACUGAUGUUUGCCCCCAGCUGGGAAUCGGACUCAGCUGGCCGGCGGUCUAAGCACACAGUGUGCUAACCACAGUGCCACCGCUCACCAAAAAGUCAAAUUUCGACUGCGAGAAAAACGCUCGUCGAGGCUGGUUGAACGAUUCUAAAUUAUUAACAACAUCUCAUCAGCAACAAUUUAAAAUAUUUUAACGCGCACAAUUUUCAUUCACUCACUCACCCAGAUCAUGUUUCAGAAGGCAGCCCAGAAUCGACGCCAACAAACGCCCGAUGGCUCCGUGAUCCCAGAAUUGGAAUGUUUGGUAAACCCGCCUAAAGAUUGUCUUCUUAAACAUUCAGAUUGUUGAAAAAAAAAGUUAUUUGAUGUGAGAUGAUGCCGUUCUGAAUUAGUUUUUUUUUGAGUCGCGCCUUCCGACUGUCCGAAGCUGUUGGUGCACUUUUUUUUUGCUAGUUUCACACCCCUCCUCUUACCGUCGUUUUCACGAAUGUAAUAUAUUUAACUUAUUUUGUUGCAGUCUGCUCAAACAACCGGUUCGGAUGUCCUCCCCAAUGGAGUCAAUGAUCUGAGAAAAUGUAACUUGUCAGAGAUAACAGAAAAAUAUAUAUAACAAAAACAAACAUCACCCAAUGUUUUGACAUCGCAUGGAAUAAAUAAUCUGAUU